AUGGUGAAGAUUGGGAUCAAUGGGUAAGUUGCUUUUGUUUAGCUUAAAGAAAAGUAUAUACAGUCUUUAAUGUAUCGUAACACUGGCUGAAUUGGGGUUUUGUAUAAAUGCUAGAGAACCAAGUUGAAAAGGUCAAGAAACCUUGGCUUGCAUUGCACAAAUACCUUGAUACAGUUUGUGUACUUUGGAACCAAGAUGGUGGACAGUUCAUGCCAUACUGUAGCUACUACUUCACAUGCCUGGUCUGGACCCUUCCCCUGUCCAUUCUCUGCUUAUUUAUAGUUUGGGUGUCACACCGCCUCUGCAACACUCCUGUAGCUAUCCUCACCUCAGCGGUCACAUUCCUUUAUUCUAUCUAAUAAUAUCCCUUUAAAGUUCAGAGCAAAGAUUGUUUGGAGGAGCUCUUAGCCCAAUCCUAUCCUUCUAACCUUUAUUUGACCAAUAGAUGUCUGUAAUUGAGCUGCACGAAGAUAAAAGUUGGAAAUGAUAGGCCCUUUCCCAAAAUCAGCAGGACAUUGAAGGCAACCUGUAACGAUGCCCAUUUUAAACCGGAAACAAUGACAUGAGAUUGAUGUUCUAAUUCUGCUGCUGUGGUGAUUGACCUUUAUACAGUGUGGAAACUAAACGUUCUUAUCAGAGUGCAAUAAAUACUCCUGACUUCAGUUCCUCAACCUAUGUCAUAGAUUAGUUUUGAGUAUGACACCUUCAUUGACUAGAACAUGACUUGUAAAUGGGAAUGGAUAACAAGGGAUUUGCUCCAGAAUACAAACUCUUUACCUCCUAAUGUUACCAAAUGGGCUACUUGUUUUUACUCCGUUCUGACGCACUUUGACUCGUUCGUUGGUCAAUAAUUGACCCUUGUGAACAGAACACACCCUUUUAGUUGGGGGUGUCGGCUUGCGUCACUGGACAAAGUUCAAAUGAGUUUAAACAUAACUAUCAUCACAAUGAAUGACACUGAAUCCUCAAACACAUAUUUUAUUAUCCACUCUGUGAACUUGAUUGGUCAAUAUAUACCACAAGACAGAUCUUUGCACUAAUUGACUGCCGACGGUAUCUACAUGGGAGUUAAUACUUGAGCUGCCCGGAACAGAUCCUAUUUUCUUUUUAAAUUGAGACUUUUCUAGACCAUAAUCCAGUUUACUUUAUUUCAGUGACAUCUAGACUCGUAUGCCAUAUUAUUGAACCUUUCUCAACCAGUUAACUGAAACUGAAACAGUCCCAUGUGGAUUCUGCUAAACACGUCACCGAAGUUAUGCUGAAACUGGACCUACACCACUGAUGGCAAGAUGUCUUAAUCUAGUUUAAACACUAUGAAAAUGUUUCUUUGCUUUUGGUGGGUAAUGUAACUGCACAGGCCAACCAAGCUUAACAGACCAGUCAUCUCUAACCUGCUUUUCCAAUUUGUGUCCUCAACCUGCACUUUCUCCUAAUUUCUGGUCACGCUGCACCAACCCAACCAUAUUAGGCAUAAACAAAGGCUCUGGGCUGCAAAUGUCAAGUCUUGUUAUCAGUCAGGGCUGGCAGGCCUUGUAGAGGGAUGUAGCUCAGUUGGUAGAGCAUGGCGUUUGCAACGCCAGGGUUGUAGGUUUGAUUCCCAUGGGGGGCCAGUAUGAAAAAAGAAGAAUGUAUGCACUCUGGAUAAGAGCGUCUGCUAAAUGACUAAAAAUGUAGAGCUGUCAAUGACAGUAUAGGGCUGCUGCCACCUGCUGGUGUGGUAAUAUGGAUACAUGGGGAUUAACUGUAAACCUAUCUGAUUUAUUUUCUCAGAUUUGGCCGUAUUGGGCGCCUGGUGACCCGUGCCGCCGCAAAGAGUGGAAAAGUCGAGGUCGUCGCCAUCAAUGACCCCUUCAUCGACCUGGACUACAUGGUGAGAACUUUACACUGCAUUAAGAAAUGCAGUACACUUUUAAAAAAUUGGUACUAGACUUAUAGCUUCUCAGUUUUACUGUACAAUCAAUGACUGUACCUGCCCCUGUACCAUAGGUCUACAUGUUCAAGUAUGACUCCACCCACGGUGUUUGGAAGCACAGUGAAGUGAAGCAGGAGGGUGGAAAGUUGAUCAUUGGCAACCUGCACAUCACAGUUUUCCAUGAGUGGGUUUUCCUUUCCUUAUUCUUUUAGUACAAUGGUUCAAAUGACACAUUUGGAUGCAUUCCUGCACCCAUAUUAAGCUUAGUGGUGGACUAAGAAGCACUUUGAAUGGACAUUUUUCUCUGGUUCUGGCAAACUGACCCAUUGACAAUUGGGAAUGCCAAGGCUGACACUUGGGAGUUCUCGAGUGGGCUAGACCAUUUUAUGUUAUGAUGCCUAUGGGUUUCACAUGAAUUGGAACCAUUCGAUAUCUGUAAUUGAACACUAGUUUUGUGGCUCUUAAUCCCAACUUCGUCUCUCUUUGUCAUCUUCAGGAGGGACCCCACUGCCAUCAAGUGGGGCGACGCUGGAGCUGACUAUGUUGUGGAGUCUACUGGUGUGUUCACCACCAUCGAAAAGGCCUCUGUAAGUACCUCUGUUCACUAGCAGUAGGACGGUCACAUUUUUAUAUAGUUAGUGUUUGGGAUAUUGCUGACCGUUCAUUAUAAUUUUGGUAGGCAUGUUAUGCAGGGAUCCCACUUUCAAUGAAGACCUUUUUUUGUUUGUUUUUACCCCUAAACUACUGCUUUUUAACAGAUGGGCUUUUUAACUAUGUGCAUAAAGGUUGGCUGGCUUGGUUCAUUCAGUGGCUUUGCUGUUCCAUAAAUAUCCUUUGUCCUCUCACCCCAACCGCCACAACAGGCUCACCUGAAGGGAGGUGCCAAGAGGGUCAUCAUCUCUGCCCCCAGCGCAGAUGCCCCCAUGUUUGUGAUGGGUGUCAACCAUGAGAAGUACGACAACUCCCUGAAGGUCGUCAGGUAAGCCUCUCCUCCACCCUCCCUUCGUUGCAUAAUCUUAAAGGAGCAGUGGUAAUUAUCUGUUGCCAAAAGAUAACUUGUACAAAGAAUGGCUGAAACAAACAUGCACUCAGUGUGCAUUAUUCAGACUCCUUCCUCUGUCCUGAGUUAUUACUAUUUCAAUUUAAAUAAAAAAUAGUGCUUUUAAGCUGACUCUUAUGGAUUUGUGGCACAAUGUUUAUUUACUAAACAUUUGUGGUGGUAUGAUAGUAAUUGUCAUGUCCUCACAGCAACGCCUCCUGCACAACUAACUGCCUGGCUCCCAUCGCCAAGGUUAUCAACGACAACUUUGGCAUUAUUGAGGGUCUCAUGGUAAGAAUGGAUUUUCCUUCAGUGUUUGACUGUCAAAGCACAAUUCUUACUGGAAAGUAGUAGUAAAAAAGUGUGAACUUUGAACACUGGUGGAGAUGUAAAUGUUAACGUUAAAGGUCAUUACACACCAAAAUCAAAUUGUCAAAUUAGGUUAUCAAUCUAUCCAAACCCACCUGGUUCAUUUAUUAGUACACUGCUCAAAAAAAUAAAGGGAACACUAAAAUAACACAUCCUAGAUCUGAAUGAAAUAAUCUUAUUAAAUACUUUUUUCUUUACAUAGUUGAAUGUGCUGACAACAAAAUCACACAAAAUUAUAAAUGGAAAUCAAAUUUAUCAACCUAUGGAGGUCUGGAUUUGGAGUCACCCUCAAAAUUAAAGUGGAAAACCACACUACAGGCUGAUCCAACUUUGAUGUAAUGUCCUUAAAACAAGUCAAAAUGAGGCUCAGUAGUGUGUGUGUGUGUGGCCUCCACGUGCCUGUAUGACCUCCCUACAACGCCUGGGCAUGCUCCUGAUGAGGUGGCGGAUGGUCACCUGAGGGAUCUCCUCCCAGACCUGGACUUAAGCAUCCGCCAACUCCUGGACAGUCUGUGGUGCAAUGUGGCGUUGGUGGAUGGCGCGAGACAUGAUGUCCCAGAUGUGCUCAAUUGGAUUCAGGUCUGGGGAAUGGGCGGGCCAGUCCAUAGCAUCAAUGCUUUCCUCUUGUAGGAACUGCUGACACUCCAGCCACAUGAGGUCUUGCAUUAGGAGGAACCCAGGGCCAACCGCACUAGCAUAUGGUCUCACAAGGGGUCUGAGGAUCUCCUCUCGGUACCCAAUGGCAGUCUGGCGAGCACAUGGAGGGCUGUGCGGCCCCCCCCAAAGAAAUGCCACCCCACACCAUGACUGACCCACCGCCAAACCGGUCAUGCUGGAGGAUGUUGCAGGCAGCAGAACGUUCUCCACUGCGUCUCCAGACUCUGUCACAUGUGCUCAGUGUGAACCUGCUUUCAUCUGUGAAGCGCACAGGGCGCCAGUGGCGAAUUUGCCAAUCUUGGUGUUCUCCGGCAAAUGCCAAACGUCCUGCACGGUGUUGGGCUGUAAGCACAACCCCCACCUGUGGACGUCGGGCCCUCAUACCACCCUCAUGGAGUCUGUUUCUGACCGUUUGAGCAGACACAUGCACAUUUGUGGCCUGCUGGAGGUCAUUUUGCAGGGCUCUGGCAGUGCUCCUUCUGUUCCUCCUUGCACAAAGGCGGAGGUAGCAGUCCUGCUGCUGGGUUGUUGCCCUCCUACGGCCUCCUCCACGUCUCCUGAUGUACUGGCCUGUCUCCUGGUAGCGCCUCCAUGCUCUGGACACUACGCUGACAGACACAGCAAACCUUCUUGCCACAGCUUGCAUUGAUGUGCCAUCCUGGAUGAGCUGCACUAACUGAGCCACUUGUGUGGGUUGUAGACUCCGUCUCAUGCUACCACUAGAGUGAAAGCACCGCCAGCAUUCAAAAGUGACCAAAACAUCAGCCAGGAAGCAAAACCAUUCCUUUAUUGGGGGUGUCUUGCUAAUUGCCUAUAAUUUCCACCUGUUGUCUAUUCCAUUUGCACAACAGCAUGUGACAUUUAUUGUCAAUCAGUGUUGCUUCCUAAAUGGACAGUUUGAUUUCACAGAAGUGUGAUUGACUUAGAGUUACAUUGUGUUGUUUAAGUGUUCCCUUUAUUUUUUUGAGCAGUGUAUAUGAAUGAAAUGUCAAUUGUUCAGAUCAUGUAAGUAGUCAGUUGAAUGUCAUGGGCUUUUCUCAACAGAAUACUACUUUUGAGGUAAAACUUAGAUUUUGAAAUGUCAUAUACAAGUAAUUUUGGUGCCCUGCAUAGACUAACAUCCCUACCACUUUCUCCCCCACUUCCCCCAGAGCACAGUUCAUGCUGUCACAGCCACACAGAAGACUGUUGACGGACCAUCCGGUAAGCUGUGGAGAGAUGGACGUGGUGCCAGCCAGAACAUUAUCCCUGCCUCCACCGGUGCCGCCAAGGCUGUGGGCAAGGUUAUCCCUGAGCUGAACGGGUAUGAACCAAUCCAAGACCACCUUUUUUUUAAAUGGAGGUUUUAUGACCAUAGUGAUAACUGCUGGGAUUUAUAUAGCUCUAGUGCUUUUUUUACUAGGGUAGAGUUUUUUAAGAAAUGAUUUAAUUGCGGGCCACUUGUGCUUGUAAUGCUGUGGAUCCUGAACCUUUGUGGGUCUUUCUGACCCACAGCAAGCUGACUGGCAUGGCCUUCCGCGUCCCCACUCCCAACGUGUCCGUGGUUGACCUGACUGUCCGUCUUGAGAAGGCUGUAAGUCGCCAACCAUCUUUUGCUAAUGUCUACAAUUUUUAAACCGGGAUUUUGGGGUAAGUUACCGGCAUUACUGCAACAGGCACAUGUAUGGUCUACCUUAAAAAAAAAAAAAACAUUCUCGUCUGCUUUAGGCACCUUAUGACGAGAUCAAGAAGGUCAUCAAGGCUGCCGCUGAAGGACCCAUGAAGGGAAUUCUGGGAUACACAGAGGACCAGGUAAAUAUUUCCCCACUCUAACCCUUUGUCCCAAUCUGUCCUUUUUCUUAGUGUGCACUUGUACACUACUCCCUAAAUGAAUAAACAAUUAUUAGAUUGGUCUAGAUCAGGGUUUACCAAACUAUGUCCUGGGGCCCCCCUCAAUGCACGUUUUGGUUUUUGCCCUGGCACUACUCAGCUGACUCCAAUAACUAACUCAUCAAGCUUUGAUUAUUUUAAUCCGCUGUGUAGUGCUAGGGCAAAAAGCACAACGUGCAGUUUGAAGAAACCCUGGUCUAGAUCAGUUUCCCAAACUUCUCAAGGGCCUCAGCCAGUCCACGUAUUUGACGUAUUCCAGAACUAGCACAGCUGAUUUGAAUGACGAGGGGCUUGAUGCUAUUAGGUGACAAUUUGAAUCGGCUGUGCUAGUUCUGGAAUGGAUCAAAUACGUGGCUGUAGUGCACACUUCCAGAGAAGGUAACCUUUCCCUACUCUAAUGCCCUGGGCCUCAAGGUCAUAGGCUGAAAUGUCUAAGCUCCAAAAUUAGCGAGCCCUAGAUUGAAGGUUAAUUCUUUACCCUAAAGCUUUUUGCUUCCCCCCUCGCAGGUGGUGUCCACAGACUUCAACAGCGACUGCCGCUCCUCAAUCUUCGACGCCGGUGCCGGAAUUGCACUCAACGACCACUUUGUCAAGCUGGUCUCAUGGUAUGUAUGCAGGAACCUACACACCAUUGCACUCGCUCACCAGGCGUCCACCGACUCAACGUUUCAUUGAGAUAUACAAUCGUUCGCAUUGCAGGGAAUGUUGCAACUGUUAUAACAUACAAAGGGGUAUGGUAUGUAGGUAGGUAGUGGUCCAAGAACGGAGCCUUGAGAAACAUCGCAACUUUCCUUUUUAAUUCCAAACAUAAUGGCUUAUUAAAUAAAACAUCCUGUGAUUGCGGCAUGGCAAACCGCAACACGAGUUGGGGGAGGAACUAUUUCAACUUGUGGCAGCUGGAGCGCAAAGGUGUGGACUGCCUCCUUUUGAAAAUGAAUGACUUCCGUUGGACCGCAUUGUUGAAUGCAGUUCAUGGAUGUGGGCGUCACUCACCCAGACACAAAAUAAAUGUAAUUCUGUGCCAGCACAACAAUCAUUGAAUUAGAAUAGCCUCAACUUUCCUGUAAUUGUAGGUUUUUGUUAAAUUCUCUUUUCCAUAGGUACGACAACGAGUUCGGCUACAGCAACCGUGUCGUUGACCUGUGUCUGCACAUGGCCUCCAAGGAGUAGUGUCCACACCACACCUCCAAACCCCCACGUCCCAUGACAUCUUCCUUCUCCUGAGCGGACAUCCCACCAGUCUGCGGCCAGAGAAAAAGAGCCUGUAGCGAACUCCAUAGCAACAUAUUUAUAAAACAUCACACCUCUGUUCAGUCUGAGGACUGAGUAUGAUUUUUGCCUACAGAAUAUCUGUUUACAGCACUAUGGAUUAAUAUGCACUGUCACACAAUAAAGGUCCUCUGUUUGUGAAAACAUA